CCGGACGCUCAACGCCAACUAAACGCGAGAGGAACUCAGACAUCAAUAACAUCUCACUCAUCAAUAAGACAUUUUGAUGGAGUUGGACUACUUAAUUAAAUAGGUUGCCUUGAAGGUAUUGGACUCCCUGAAUUUAUAAUAUAUAAUCUAAUGACCCACAAUGGAGAACAUCUGAAGCACGACUCUUCAGCAUCUCCAUCCACAGGAAAGCGGCUCGGUCAGACAGAUAACACGACUGGGAGACUUCUUAUCUUUCAGUGAUGGCUAUCAACACGGAUGCUGCCUUUGGGAAAAGCGCGCUCGGCGAGAGGGAAGUUUCCAAUCCCAGCGACUUCCAGGACACGGAGAAGCUGCUGAGCGCCGCGACCACCGAGCCCACGGGGGAGAGCAACCUCAAACCGUCCGACUCCUUCUCCCUCAACAUCAGAGGGAGCGUCCGGUCCCUGGAUGCGGACCUGAACGGACACAGAUCACCGUUAAAGUCGGGCUCCAUCGGGCAUCUGGCGACCCAACCCAAAUCCUUGUCCCGUCUCAGCUUGGGCCCGCUGCCCUCCACGCGGCCGCCCGGGUCCGUACCGCCGAGUUUCCUCUGGCUCGCCGUGCUGUCCUGUUUCUGCCCCGCCGUGCCGCUCAACAUAUGUGCUUUGUGGUACGCGAGUGUGUCGAGGUCUGUUCUUCAUACAGGAGAUAUUGAAGGAGCAAGGAAGUAUGGGCGUCUGUCUAUGCUGCUCAGCUGUCUGGCGAUGCUGCUGGGUGUGGCUGUCAUCAUCUUCAUCGUGUUUACAAUAGAGACCCAAAAGUGAACUGUGGGAUGGGAAGGACUGGCAUUUCACUUCUCAAAUUUGCACAGAAGAGAGGUGGAUGAAUGUCGUUUUGAGGAUGAAACAGCAAAAAAAGCUGAAGAGACUCUAGUGUACACCGUAUUGCUUUUUUUCUGCUAUGGACCAAAGAAAAGAAGGAAAGGAAAGAAGUCGCAGGUUGUUUCUCUUUUUCCCGGCAACACUCAUUUCCAAUAACCCCACAAACUCAGGAAGAAAGGAAGGAAAAUGAAGGCUGCACAUAGUGUCGGAUCGUCAGACAGCACAUGCUGAGGAGAAAGUGUAACUAAUAGUCCAAACUAAAAUGGUACACACCUGCCUGACACACAGACAACUGGACGGCACUGUCAUUUGCUUAUUAUAAAAAAGACAUCAUUAGAUAAGAGGAUUUCCUAAAGACGGAAAGAAAAAAAAAAAAAAAAAAGAUACAUCACUUAAAAAAAACCGACACAUAUAGUAAGUACGUGAUGUGAAGAUAAAUCAGUAAACCCUCUUGUGGUCAGACAAAAACAAAAGGCAUCAGUGCACCUCUAUUCUGUAAUGCCGCCACUGCCUGCCCUGUUUCUCUUAACAUUUGCAUCUAAAGUACGGACUGUGGGAAGAUGUAUAUACUGAUUUCAUACACUGUUUACAUCAAGUUUAAAACUCCCGUACGAUUAUCUGAACAACGCCCUGCUGCAGUCAUAGUGAUAUCUUGCUUUGCGUGCUACCAUGAUAAACUGAUCGGACUCUCCUGAACUGCCUGGAUCUCUAAAUCUCAUUACGUUUACAAUAUACUGCAAGAUAUGAAUGGGGUCGUUCUCCCUGUAUGCACUGCUCUUGGCACUCUGAUGUUGAUGUUUAUACAUUUAUACUGUAUGACUGGUUUACUGUGCCAUAGUUCUGCAUGUCAGAAAUAAACUUGAAUGAGCAUGACAAACUUGACAGUGAGCUCAUCACCUUUAUUUUAUUAGGCGCCGCCGACACGAUAUAAAGAAGUGUGACGUCAACAGUUAACAAACUUCACAAAGAUUUUUAUAAAGAGUGAAACAUUAGAAUAGGAUAUAACCAGCAAUAUACAACACCAAAGAUGGAAACUUUAUCAUAAAUCAGAAAAUAAAUAAACUCUCCAGUCAGUUCAAAUC